CAGAUCCUCUUCCUUGAUCAGCUGACAGUGAGUGAGAUGCCCAGCUGAAGGACCUGUGAAUGUUAAACCUACUAUUUUGAGCUUCAUAUAUGGGAAGCGGUGUCUGUUUUACCGACUUAAACCCCGUGAACACAGUGUUGAGACCGUCAGGCUCAUCGUGAUUUCUCUACACCAGCGGCCGGUUGGAUAAACUUCCUGUGGGCAGCCAUGACAGAGUUCUGGUUGAUCUCUGCUCCGGGAGAGAAGACCUGCCAGCAGACCUGGGACAAGCUGAUGGUGGCCACCUCACGCACCAACGUUCUGUCCACCAACCACAAGUUCAACAUCCCCGAUCUUAAAGUUGGGACUCUUGACGUUUUAGUGGGCCUGUCGGAUGAGCUCGCUAAGCUAGACACUUUUGUGGAAAGUGUGGUGAAGAAGGUUGCUCAGUACAUGGCUGAUGUUCUGGAGGACAGCAGAGACAAAGUCCAGGAGAACCUACUGGCCAACGGAGUCGACCUGGUCACCUAUAUUACCAGAUUUCAGUGGGACAUGGCUAAAUAUCCAAUCAAACAAUCACUAAAGAACAUCUCUGAGAUCAUCUCCAAGCAAGUGACUCAGAUAGACAACGACCUGAAGGCCAGAGCUUCAGCUUACAACAAUCUGAAGGGAAACCUGCAAAAUCUGGAGAGGAAGAAUGCAGGGAGUUUGUUGACCAGGAGUCUGGCUGACAUAGUGAAGAAAGAUGACUUUGUGCUGGACUCAGAGUACCUGGUUACCAUGCUGGUGGUUGUCCCUAAGACGGACUACUCUGACUGGCAGAAGACGUAUGAGACGCUGGCAGAGAUGGUUGUACCUCGUUCCACUAAGCAGCUGUUUGAAGACAACGACAGCGGCCUUUUCAGUGUCACCCUCUUCAGGAAGGCUGUAGACGACUUCAGACACAAAGCCAGAGAAAACAAGUUUACAGUGCGUGACUUCCACUACAAUGAGGAGGAGAUGAAGGCAGACAAAGAGGAGAUGACUCGUUUGUGCACAGACAAGAAGAAACAGUUUGGCCCUUUGGUGCGAUGGCUGAAGGUGAAUUUCAGUGAGGCUUUCAUCGCAUGGAUUCACAUUAAAGCUCUGCGUGUGUUUGUUGAGUCAGUAUUGAGAUACGGGCUGCCAGUUAACUUCCAGGCCAUGCUGCUUCAGCCCAACAAGAAGAACAUGAAGAGACUUCGAGAGGUGCUGAAUGACCUGUACAAACACCUGGACAGCAGUGCUGCAGUCAUUGACGCUUCCAUGGACAUCCCAGGUCUGAAUCUGAGCCAACAGGAGUACUACCCGUACGUUUACUACAAGGUCGAUUGCAAUCUGCUGGAUUUCAAAGUCUAAAAACGUGGCCAUUACCUUAAUAUGCUGUAAUGUUUUAAUGUGACAUGCAUACUUUUACAAGCUUUGAUUUAUUUUGUCUUUUGCCCUAUUUUUCCUGUUUGUUUAUCUAUUUUUAAAUUUUGAUGUUUUCUUGUACAUUUCUAAGUCGACAUAUCAAUUAUGUCUUUAUGGUAAGAAAGCAAAAAGGGUCAACUCUACAGAUUUCUGUUGUUUGCUCUUUGCUCCUUGUUGUAUGUCAAUCGUCUCUCAGUCUACUCUCAGGAGCACUGGUGACAUUCCCUUUUUCCCUUAAACAUGGGUACACUUGUGGGAGAUAUGAGAAUACGGUUAAAAAUACUGAUUUAUGCCUCAGAAUGAGCAACCAUGUUUUGUUUGCUUGUUUCUUUCACAUGUGUUGUGUUUAUCUGUCUCAAAUAGGUGUUUACCUGUUUACAUUUACAAUUAAACCACUGCAUUCCUUCUUCUGAUGUGACGCGUAAAGCACUGAGACCAAUCAGUUUACAAAGGGGCAAUGUUGCUUUCUGUAUACUCCACUGAUUUCUUCAAAGAACAUGAACAAUAAUAUAUGUGCUAAUGGUGUAUUGCUAGUAUGAAUGAAAAUAAACCACCUAUUUAAAAUUGAUGUGAAAAUAAAUGCAACAUGUAAUAUAUACAGUUUUUUGGGCUCUAUAAGGCCUGUAAACCUGCUGUGAUGUGAAUAAAACCAUUACAAAUGA